GUUUUAUCGUACCUUAAAUGUUAUGCCAUUAGAAUGGCAAUUGGGCGUAAUGUUGUAAUUCUAUCAACUAAUAUUUACGUUUUACAUCACUGAUAAACAGUUGUUAUUCGUCUCAUUUUCCGUACGUCGGACGUUAGUCUACGGUCGUUACUGCGUAGUUUGAAUUUCAUUUUGUUUAACGUAUUUAUUUAUAAUGUCACGAAAACAACUCCGUGAUUUUGAUAUUUUGGAAUUGCUUGGUAACGGCCGAGACUCAGAUUUAUCAUCUCUAUCUGGUGAUGAUUAUGAAGAAGAAGAAAAUAGUUUUCCUACAUCUGAAUUAGACCAACUUUUAAAUGAUUUUACUAAUUUCAAAGAUGGUGAUGAUGGUAAUGAAUUGUUUCCUGAUUUGUUUGAUGUUGAUAUUCCUACUGAUAAUGAUGAAAUAAGUGAAGUCAAUUCUAUAUUCCAGUCAUCUCAAAAUACUGAUUUUUUUCAGUCCAUUUCAAACACCUAUUAUAUCACCUAUGGUGAAUUUACCAUUUGUUGACAAAAAAGAUAUGAAACCAAUGGUUUGUAGUGAAUUUGACAUCCAACAACCAGUACCUGAAUUAUCUAUUUUAAAAACAUUAAAUCCAUUGGAUUAUUUUAUGAAUUAUUUUCCUGAAGAAGAAUUUGAAAA